AAGUCGAAAAACCUCCUCAAGUUCUUAACUACCUGAGCGAAUUCGAAGCACGAUGGUGAGGACACGUCGGACCGCCCCGCCCUCGCCGUCUCCUCCGCCUGAGCGAGUUCGCAGCAUACCUGAGCGAGUCCGAAGCGCGAUGGUGCCCGUGAAGACGGAGAUCAAGACGGAACCGGAAGAGGAGGUGGUGGUGCCCAUUGCGGUGAAGGUGAAGACGGAACCUGUGGAAGUGGACAUAGUAUCCCAGGAGGCGGUGCCCAAUGCGGUGAAGGUGAAGCCGGAGCCAGAGGAACUGGAAAUGGAGAUGGUGUCACAGCCGAAGAUCACCUGUGUUCCGCCGGCUCUGCAGCCGAAGGGCACUUGUUCUACUUCUGGUAUGACCCCGUACGAGAUAGAGCGGCUUGCUCGCAUAGCUGAGAAUCGAGCACGAAUGGAGGCUCAGGGGCUGGCCACCGACGUGUCGAACCUCACCCGAGCGAUGAGAUCUGUGAAGUCUCAUUACACGCCACGUCGGACCAGGAAAGUCGUGGCGGGGAAGAUGGAGGAUGAAGAGGAUGGAGAGUACAAUGGUUCGUCGCAGGGGGUGCGAUCGCGAUCGUCUGUUGCUGCGGCGGAGCCUGUGAGGAGAUCCCGUCGCCUUCAACAUGCAGCGCCAAUCCUCUAUGCCGAGGGUGGUGAACUGGAUGAAGGGCAAACACGUGUGAAGAGGGAGAGUGGUGAUGGGUUGGAAUCUGACUUUUCUCGUUUUCAGCCUUCUUCUGCCGUCUCUCUUUCCCAAGGAAGUGGUUAUGGAGUUACGUCCAAGCGAAGGAAGGUUUAUGAUCUCGAAGCUGUCUCCGACCUCCCGCAGCCCAGUCAACUCCCGCAGUACCUCCAAGAGCGUAGGUGCGACUGCAGGGACAGAGGUAGUGUUUACGAUCCCGUGGUGGGGCUUUGUUGCCAUUUCUGCAGGCAGAAAAAGCUCUGCGGGGAGGAGGACUGUGAGCGCUGCGGUUACAUGGACAUCAACAAAAUGUGUCUCGGGAAAACGUUUUGCAACCGCUGUAAGUCUGCGACGGGCAUCUUUUGUCGAGCAUGUAUUAAAAUUAGGUACGGACAGACGAUCGAAGAGGUCAGGGCUGACCCCGCCUGGUUAUGUCCUCACUGUAAAGAGGAGGAGGGGACGGACCCGUACUUCAUCUGUAACAGUUCCAUUUGCAUGAGAAAGAAAAAUCUCCCUGCUCUUGGGAUCGUCAUCCAUACAGCACGCAAUUUGGGUUAUGCAUCUGUGCAACAGUACGUCGCAGCUUCGUUGAAAGGAGAAACCUCCACGAAGUGUUUGGAGUAGACUGGGAAAAACGAUGGCGCUACUGUUGCCGAUUUUUUUGUGUAACGAACAUAGUUAUUACCUACCUUUCUCCUUUUUUCUUACGCCCAACCUUGGUUGGCAGCUUCAGCUUAUCCUCCUCUUAACUUCGAUCACGAGUUCAGGGUAAUCUGGACUCAGAGAGAAAGCAAUGCUGACGAAUCAAGAAAGCAAUCGUGA